CGUGAUCUUGGCUCACUGCAACCUCCGCCUCCCGGGUUCAAGCAAUUCUCCUGCCUCAGCCUCCCACGUAGUUGGGACUACAGGCGCCUGCCACCAUGCCCGGCUAAUUUUUGUAUUUUUAGUAGAGAUGGGGUUUCACCAUGUUGGCCAGGAUGGUCUCGAUCUCUUGACCUUGUGAUCCGCCCGCCUUGGCCUCCCAAAGUGCUGGGAUUGCAGGCGUGA